AAAAGGGAAUUGUUUACAAACACAUCGCCGCUGCGACAGCAGCAGUUUGUUGAUGACACGGAGACAUGAAGCUUGCUGUUUUUUAGUGGCUGGCUACUGUCACAAGUCAGUUGAGUAAUCAUUUGUUUACUGCUUGUUGGAUCAUGUGAGUGGAUUUCCCUGCUGCUCCAUAAUCGACAAGCUACUGUUAGCAGUCUUGGCUGUGCUCCGCUGCCAUAUGCUCAUCAGUGGUCAAAAGAACCACGGUUGUGUAGAACUGCUCCAUGGCAAAGUUAGCAUGACAGUACUAUUUGUUUCCUGACGUCGGGGAGAGAGAGGCGGAAAAGUUCUUUGACAUGUCUGAAGGAACGAGUAAACUGCCACUCAGGCGGCUGGAAUCGCCCAUCCACAAGUUUACCAAAGUUGUCAUUCCUACCGAUUUGCAAAGACUACAACAACAUCAGCACAACAUAGAGAAGUUCCAGAGAGCUCAGCAAUGGGACAAGCUACAUCAGGAGCACAUCAACUCCAGUCGGACUGUGCAGCAACUGCGCUCCAACCUGCGGGAGAUGGAGAAGCUGUGUGGGCGUGUGCGUGGCGAGGACGCGGCGGCCCUGGAGAAGCUGGUGAGCCCCACCAGAGAGCAGGCCUCAGCCGCCGCACUGGACUUUCUGAGGCUCCACUCCCACACCGCCACUCACCCGCUCAGCCAACCAAAGCAACCCACACCAAAUCAUGUCCCGCCCACUGGUAACGUGGAGGAGGAGGAGGAUGAUGAUGUGGACGCCGCCACUUCUCUGGCUGUCAGUCAAAUGCUGCUGCCGGCGAUUCCACCAGAGCAGUUUGCAGCAGAGAGCUGGGGCUCCCUGGAGGAGGAUUUAUUGGAGUUAAGCGGUUUGGUCAAUGAAUUUGCCUUACUUGUUCAUGCGCAGCAGGAGAAGAUUGACAGCAUUGAGGACAACGUUAGCGUGGCGGCGGCUAACGUGGAGGAGGGGGCGCGCAGCCUGGGGAAGGCUGCCAGCUCCAGCCUGGCGGUGUUGCCGAUGGCCGGAGCCCUGGUGGGAGGCGUGCUGGGCGGCCCCCUCGGCCUGAUGGCCGGAUUCAAGCUGGCGGGCGUGGCCACGGCCUUGGGGGGCGGGAUUAUCGGCUUCGCCAGCGGCAACAUGAUCCGGAGACGCAAGCGGGAGCGCGUGGAGGUGCAACUCCAGCAGCUGGACAAUGUCAGUGCCAACGCAAACGCCGACGACGCUAUGGCCGAUCAGACAAAGUCAUCUUAAAGCCCCAAUGCAAUGUAAUAAAGACCCAAUUCUGCACUUGCCACCCACGACCCCCCACCCCACCCCGGGCCCGGGACACCUCACCCUUUUGUCCUCUGUCGGCUUCCCUGCUGCUGAUUAAAC